AUGAUGGUGUUGACAUCACAGUCAGCCAGUCAAUCCUAUGGAAGUAUUUGUGGUGCAGAUAUUGAUGAGUGCCAGCGGGAUAAGGAUAUCUGUGGUGAUCACUCCAUCUGUAACAAUGCAAUAGGAAGCUAUAGCUGUACCUGCCCACCGGGAUUCACAACUAGGACAAUCUCUCAUCUGUCCACUAACCGAAGCAAAUUUGGUUGUGAUGAUAUUGAUGAGUGCCAGCGGGAUAAGGAUAUCUGUGGUGAUCACUCCAUCUGUAACAAUGCAAUAGGAAGCUAUAGCUGUACCUGCCCACCGGGAUUCACAACUAGGACCAUCUCUCAUCUGUCCACCAACGGAAGCAAUGUUGGUUGUGAUGAUAUCGAUGAGUGCCAGAGGGAUAAGGAUAUCUGUGGUGACCACUCCAUCUGUAACAAUGCAAUAGGAAGCUAUAGCUGUGCCUGCCAACCGGGAUUCACAACUAAGACCAUCUCUCAACUGUCCACUAAUGCAAGCAAAUUUGGUUGUGAUGAUAUUGAUGAGUGCCAGCGGGAUAAGGAUAUCUGUGGUGAUCACUCCAUCUGUAACAAUGCAAUAGGAAGCUAUAGCUGUACCUGCCCACCGGGAUUCAAAACAAGGACCAUCUCUCAUCUGUCCACUAACGGAAGCAAAUUUGGUUGUGAUGAUAUUGAUGAGUGCCAGCGGGAAAAGGAUAUCUGUGGUGAUCACUCCAUCUGUAACAAUGCAAUAGGAAGUUAUAGCUGUACCUGCCCACCGGGAUUCACAACUAGGGCCAUCUCUCAUCUGUCCACUAACGGAAGCAAAUUUGGUUGUGAUGAUAUCGAUGAGUGCCAGCGGGAUAAGGAUAUCUGUGGUGAUCACUCCAUCUGUAACAAUGCAAUAGGAAGCUAUAGCUGUACCUGCCAACCAGGACUCACAACUAGGACCAUCUCUCAUCUGUCCACUAACAGAAGCAAAUUUGGUUGUGAUGGUAAGCAAGUUUGUGUUUAA